AUGGCAAAUAAUAAUGAUAGCAUCAUGGGUGAUCUCGGUGAUCACUCAAACUUAUCGGAUUUCUCAAACUUUAGAAUGUCACAAUCAUUGGAUCUCAAUGGUUUCGUCAAUGCUUUCGAAAAUGGAAGUUGCAACACAUUUCAAUCGUUUCAACAGCAGCUUCAACAAACAAACCUUGGUAUUUCAAACAAUAUAUUUAAUAUAAAUACAACAACAACAACAACUAAUAAUAAUAAUAACAACCUACAACAAUUCAAUAAUAAUAAUACAUUUCAAUCAUAUCAGCAACAGCAACAGCAACAACAUCAACACCAGCAGCAGCAGCAGCAACAACAACAACAUAUACAUAUUCCAUCAUCACCACAAAUACCAUCAUCACCAAUUCAAUCACCAAUGUUACAUUCAUCGACUUCACAUCAGCAACAACAACAACAACAAUAUCAUCAUCAACAACAAAAUAAUCAACAACAGAAUUUGAAUUCAAGUUAUAAUAAUAUAUUUGGUGGAAUGGAUCUCCAAGCGGAAUUGAAAGAGUUGUCUCUCCAACAUGCUGGGUCACGUCAGCUACGUCCAGCUGUUCCAGCUCACCAACAACUUGAUUCCACCCGGUUCACCGCAGUUCCAAUUUUCCAUACUACAGCGUAUUCAAGAGUACUUUCAGCACAUCAACUACAACACCUUGAGACAGCUCAACGCAGAGAACGAAUCAUCGACAAGCUCACAGACCACACCGUUCCUCACCAACCAGCGUCUGCUCCAAAUCGACCCAUCGAUCCCCGUGGAAAUCAUCCAUUUCAUCGCCGCCAUGAUGUCGCUCCCCAUGAACGAGCUGCUCUCUUUCCACUCGUGGUUCACCGUGCUCUCCAAGAAGAUGCUGGCUGUGCUACUCGCCAUUCUCCAACUCGAGUCGGCGACCGUGCUCGAACUCAAGCCAACUCACCUUUGAUCAACCCAACCAGCACACCUCCCCAAAAUCUAAUACCGGAUUUCAAUAUACCACUAUUCCCACUCAAUCUUUCAAAUUCAUUUGGCUCAGUUCCAAGUGAUCAAAUGCACCAAUCGCCACAGAUGCAAUCAAUCAACAACACACUCUCCCAAAACAUACCCAAAUCACCAAGCACCUCCCAAUCCCAACUCCAGCAACAACAACUCCAACUCCAACAACAACAACAACAACAACUUGUAAAGAAUGAAUCAUCACUACUACUCAAUACUUCUGAAUCCUCCAUUUUAGCAUCUUCAACAACCACCGAUGAUUGUCCAUUUUAUUUAAAGAUUGCAAGACAACCACCAUCGACUACGGUUUAUCAAAGAAUUCUAAAACCAUUCCCAUCGGUCAUGUUAUGUGGACCCGGUGUCGAAACAGCAAAUCUCUCCAAUUUUUUUGUAGAAGCAUCUCUCCUACGUAAUGACAAUCACUCUGAGCUAGCAACCUGUCUCGAUGGUAACAAGAUCUCAAGAAUCUCAAACGGUGUCUUUGCUCCUUUCAAAAAACUUAAAAUCCUCUCAACCACACAACAACAAAGAACACUUUUCCGACUCAAGUUUGUAUUAAAGCGUUAUAUUGGAAGCGACUUCCAAACAAUCUCAAAGGCAUCAGUUCUAUCUGAUCCAAUUGAAGUUUUUUCACAUACUAUUUAUUUAACUGAUAAACAAGAUGUACCAUUACCACCAACUGUUACAGAAGUGAUUCCAGCACAGGGUCCACCCAAUACAAGAAUGGUUGUAUUGGGAUCUAAUUUUGUCAAGACCGAAAGUCUCUGUGUUGCAUUUGGUCCGAUGCAAUCCGCAGGUCAAUUUUAUGAAAAGGGUACUAUUAUUUGCAAUGCACCAGAGCGUGUAGGUUCAGUUAAAAGUGGUACUUCUGUCACUGUUAAAGUCAGCAAUGAUGGUGAACAAUUCUCUACCGACAACAUAAAUUUUACCUACACCAGAUAG